AUGCACAACGAUAACUCCGUGAAAGCGCGACGCACACUUCCAGGGACUUAUUUAGCGAAUAACGACAAAAAGUUACAGCCCCGCACAGCGAUGAACCCGGGCCCUCAUUCAGACGUUUAUACCAGCAGUUACAGGGAUCCCUUUUUCUCUUCUACCGAUGCUGCUGCGAUGGCGACAGCAAAGGGGGCACUUUCUGCAGCCAAUGAGGGCGGCAGUUCUCCUGCGUGGGACUCAUCGCUGCUCUCCAACCCCGGUGGUGCCUACGACUCGCGGUUUAAAACGCCACGCUCCUCCCACUCAACGGAGCACAUUGGCGGGGUGUGGGAGGCGUUUGAUGAUGAUGAGCACACAAGGAGGCGAAGGCUCUGGGCAUUUUGCCGGCUAUACAGAGAUCAGGAGUCUCGGGAGCGCUUUGACAUUAUAGUGGAACAGGUUCUGAUGAUGCGUUCCAUUCUCUCCGCGGAGUUUGAUGAGCGACUUCGGCUUCUUCCGGAGUCCGAGGCGACGAUUAUGCGACUGGAGCGGGAGGCGGUGGAGGCAAUGCACCGUCUCAUAGAAGAGCACGUCUGGGGCCUCCAACGUGUUUUUCGCAAAUUUUAUUGCCCCAAAGCACCAGGGGAAAGUAGCAACCCGCCCCCAACGGACACGGCGUCAGUUGGCAUCAACACGGGCGGGGAUGUUUUAUUUGAUUCCGGCAGCACCAUCAAAACCACCGCUGAGGGAAGGCUGCUGACAGAGGAGGAGGAGGAGGAGAAGGAGUUAGCAAAGGCCGCUAAAAGGGCCGAAGAGGACUACGCGUUGCUCUGCGCGUGUGCGGGGGGUGAGGUGUGGCUCAAUAAGGCAGAAUGCAGGAGCCAUUUAGAAGACGAGGCGGGGCAUUUCACUCCCAUACAGCGCCAAAUGCCUUUACGCGAACCGUCACCGUGUAGGCUGACGCCGUGCCCCAAGGAGAAAUGGUUUGAGGCUCAGAAUCCGCUGACUCCUGUGCCGUUGGACGGACCUAAUGACGUGGUGCAAUGCGCAGAGCCUUUCGCAUUGAUUUCUUUUCUUCUCUUUAUGCCGGCGGGGGUAUUCGUGCGUUGUGUGCGUGUGUUGCAACGACUGCAUGAUUCAAGGAAAGUGGUGGUGUGGUUCGCAAUUGGCAGCACAAGACGUGUUUUGGAGGGUUUAAUUUGGCUCGUGAAUCACGUCUAUCCCAUCCAGCUGUCAAAGCUGAGCAUUUUUUUUACUGUCGGUGCAACGGUGCGCUGCGGCAGAGGCACUCUUCAGGUUGCUUUUUUUCAUCUUUACAUGACAGUUGGCAGCGCCUGUCGCGCUGCGUCAGCACUCAAGUUAGCCGGUGCAAAAGCCAUGAUUGCCGCCAGGACUGCCAUUUCUGACACUUCUGCCUUGGCUACUGGCUGGUGCUAUGAGGCUCUCGUGUUGUUUCCGAUUGGAUGUGGAGUGAAGCUGACAGACGCCGCAGCCGAAGGCACCAGACGAAUGGCCACCACCACAAAGCGCACCAUGUCGUUUUCUCGUCGCGCUGGCAUGUACAUGACGUGCCUCACUCUCGGCGCCGGAGCUAAGGCCGCUGCGAAAAUGUCCGUGGCCGCGUCUAAUGCUAUGCGUGGCAUCAUGAAACGUGUUUAG